AUGUCUUCGCGGCUGCGCUUGAGGAGGCGGGAAAACCCCGAGCCAGAGCCAGAGCAGAGCCAGAGCAGGCAAGUGGUGGAGCUGGAGACUUCCCGAGUCCGCGAGAAGGAUAUAGACAUCAGACUCUCGGCGUCCGGGAAGUUCAACCGCUGCCACGUCCUCUUCGACUUCAAGAGCGGCGCCUUCAAGCCCUUGCCGACUGAGGACUUGGUAUUCGAUCUCCUUUCGCUUCCGUCGAGGGUCGUGCACAGGGAGGAUCUCGAGCGGGAGGAGAGGAGGAAGGACCCGGCGUCUAUGCAGGGAGAGAAAAAAUGCGAAGUGGAAACCCAGGAAAAGGACGAAAACGCGCGGGAAUUGGAGGAGCUCUACGGGGCCUACGUGACGCCGGAGGAGCUGGCCAAGUUGGACGCUCAGCCGAACCCGUUCAACUACAGCGAUCGGGUGUCGCAGACUUUCCGAGUGGUCAUGAAGGACCUCCCCAUCCAGACGGACCCUCCUCCAGGCACCACUUUCUCCGCGAACGUCGGAUUCUCGGACAUCUACGACGCCUAUGAGAAGGACUACGAGAUGGUGCUGGCGAGGAGGAGAGAAGAGGAGAUGAAGAGGGAGAAGGAGAAGGAGAGAGAGAGGGAUAGGAAGGCAGGCAAGUCGUAUGGCAAAGUCCCAUCGCCAGCGCCACAGAAAGGUCAUAGCUCGCCCCAGAGGAUGGUCAGCCAGAACAUCUUCGACGAGGUCACGCAAGACUACAAGUACUGGGAGGACAGCAGCGACGAGUACCGGAACCUGGAGGGGUCUCUGCUGCCGCUGUGGAGGUUCCCUUGCGAGGGGGGGCGGGCGCUCGUGGUCACGGACAUCUGCUGGAGCCCCGUCUACCACGACCUCUUCGCCGCCGCAUAUACGACGGGUGAAGUCGAGGUUUCACUAGCAUUUUCUGGAACCAGACUCACGCCCAGGAUUAAGGUCCUUUGGCCAGAGAGCACCUGCGGGGCCUCCGACGCCCGAGGGAUGCUGUGCCUGUUCACCCUCAAGAACCCGGGCAUCCCCGAGCGCGUCCUGCAGCCUCCCUGUGGCGUCACGUCCGUGCAGUUCCAUCCCUCGCGAGCGAGCGUACUGGCGGCGGGGCGCGUGGACGGGGCGGUGAUGGUGGUCGACGUCCGGUCCCCUCGCGCCCCCAGGGUCAUCACCUCGACGGUCGUGGCCGGAAGUCACCUCCAGCCGGUCUGCCAGGUUCUUAACAGUCCUGGGAGGUUCUGUGGCAUUCUCAGAGUCUUGAAUGUUCCUAAAUAUCGUAUUUUUAAUGUGCGGUGGGUGGCGACGGACCCCGGCGAGAGUCUGUGCUUCUACUCGGUGUCGGAGGACGGUCGCGUGUCGGAGUGGCUGGUCCGACCCUCCGCGCUCGUCCACGCCGACAUCCUCGACUUCAUCGCCAGCGCGGAGAACGCCAAGCUGUCUAAGGAGGCUUCCAAGUUCAUACUGGCAGGCAGAGCCACCUGCAUAGCGCUGAACCCGAGCGACAAGACGGACAUGCUGGUGGGCGUCGACACGGGCGAGGUGCUGCAGCUGAAGACCUCGAGCACCCACGCCCUCACGCGCUACCCCGCCCACACCGGCGCCGUGAGGGACGUCGCCUGGAACGCCCACCACAGCAAGGUCUUCGCUUCCUGCUCUUUGGACUGGACGCUCAAGAUCUGGAUCCGCGAUUGCCUGUCGCCGCUGGUGACGCUCGACCUCGGCGCGCCGGUCGCGAGCGCCUCGUGGUCCCCCUACAGCAGCAGCGUGGUCGCGGCGGCCACGGACGAAGGGCGCGUCCACGUGUACGACCUGUUCCUCCGCAAGUGCCGUCCGCUGUGCUCGCAGAACCUCAACCAGCGGCGUCGCCUCGGCCUCUCCUGCGUCGCCUUCAACCCCUUCAGCCCCGUCGUGCUCGUCGGCGGAGAGAAGCACCUAAAACCGGGUCUCCUUAACGUAACACUGCGUUGCGAUGGAGUCCUAACCCCAGCAACCUCUCCUUCCAGAGGCUACCUGAUGACCCUGAAGCUCUCCCCCAACCUGCGCCGGCCGUACAGGGACGCGAAGGGCGCCGAGGAGAUGCGCCCGACGGAGAUCGAGCUCUGCAAGAUGGAGAGGAUCAUCGCCACCAGCAAGGAGUGGGAGAAGCCGGGGGACGAGCACAUGAGGUUCUCUGCCGAGCGAGGGAACAAAAAUACAAGUGCAGUAGCGGACGUGCAGAGAAUUAAGCCAAAGCCAAAAUCAGAACUUAAGAAGGGCUUAACUUCUAGCAAAAAAGACAGUGAUUUAGUGGCCAGAUUUUGCCAGACCAAAAAACUGUGCUAA